CGCUCUCAGUGUGAUUUUCUUUUUUUCUUUUCUGUUUUUGAUCUUUAGUGAAUGAAACUUGUCAGGCAGCUUAAAUGGUCUUUGGAUCGACAUAAUCUGUUUCAGCAAGAUGAAACGAAGGAGAACCCAAACAUUAUUUCUCUUGCUUCUGUGUGCCAGUAUUUUGCCAACCUGUUGGUGUGCUCAGGGGAAAUACGCUCAGAAGCUCCUGAAUGAUUUAUUCACCGACUAUACUAGUGCACUGAGGCCUGUGGAGGACACAAACACCAUACUGAACGUGACCCUGCAGGUUACACUGUCGCAAAUUAUCGACAUGGAUGAGCGAAAUCAAAUUUUGACUGCAUAUUUAUGGAUACGGCAAGUGUGGGUUGAUGCACACCUGAAAUGGAAUAAAGAUGAUUACGAUGGACUCGAUACCAUCCGCAUACCUAGUAGUUAUGUAUGGAGACCUGAUAUAGUCCUAUAUAACAAUGCUGAUGACCAUUUCACUGGCUCCAUGGACACCAAUGUGGUGAUCCAGCAUGAUGGCCAGAUAAUGUGGGAUUCGCCUGCCAUCACAAAGAGCUCCUGCAAAGUGGACGUGUCCUUCUUCCCCUUCGACUCUCAGCAGUGCAGGUUCACAUACGGCUCCUGGACCUACAACGGCAACCAGCUGGACAUCCUCAACGCCCUGGAGAGCGCCGACGUGGCUGACCUGGUGGACAAUGUGGAGUGGGAGGUGCUGGGUAUGCCGGCUAAGAAGAACGUUAUCCAGUAUGGCUGCUGUGCUGACCCUUACCCGGAUGUGACCUACACACUGAAACUGAAGAGAAGAGCUUCCUUUUAUGUCUUCAACUUGCUCAUACCGUGCGUGAUGAUCUCUUUCCUGGCUCCGCUGGGCUUCUACCUGCCUGCUGACUCUGGAGAGAAGGUGUCUUUGGGUGUCACCGUGAUGCUGGCACUCACCGUCUUUCAGCUGUUGGUUGCAGAGAUCAUGCCGCCCUCUGAGAAUGUGCCACUUAUUGGAAAGUAUUACAUUGCAACGAUGACCAUGAUCACUGCCUCCACUGCCCUGACCAUCUUCAUCAUGAACAUACACCACUGUGGCCCGGAUGCCAAGCCUGUUCCCAAGUGGGCCAAGAAGGUCAUUCUGCAGUACAUGGCCCGCAUGUGCUUUGUGUAUGAAGUCGGGGAGAACUGCUUGUCACCACAGCCGGAGAAACAGGAGCCUCCACUUGUAAAGAACACCAACUGCACCAUGAACGGUCAGGCAGGACCAAGCAGAGAGGACUGUGUCUUCAGAAUGGAGAGAGAACAAGAGACAGUGGGCUCCAUGACUGCAGAGGAGAGGGAAGACACGGAUCAGAUGAGGAGCCCGAGAGGCUCAAUUGGGAGGAACCCAACCAACAACUACACCGCUUGGAAGAAUGGCAUUUUCAUGAGCAUGGAUUGUGGAGAUUUGGGGGGUCAGACGAGAUGCAGGAAGGGAGGCGUGAGUGAUGGAGAGCGAAAAGACAAAGAGGUUUCCAGCAACAGCCAAAGCAACGAGAGGCAGCUGCUGCGUAACAUUGAGUACAUAGCCAACUGUUACAGAGAUCAGAGGGCAACGCAGAAAAGGACUGGGGAGUGGAAGAAAGUAGCCAAAGUUUUAGACCGCUUCUUCAUGUGGAUAUUUUUCAUCAUGGUGUUUUUAAUGAGCCUCCUCAUCAUGGGUAAAGCCAUCUAACUGCAGAUCUGAGAAGUUGGUCUUAAUGACAGUGUUAAUUGGUGUACAUAACACAGAUAUUAUUACAGGUUAGUACAGGAUUCAUUAAAAGUACAGUGUGCCGAAUUUGGCGCCAGUCCAGCAGUGUGGUUGCAGAUUGCAACCAAGUGAGUACCCCUCCACUCACUCUUCCCUUUUCCAAGACUGCGGUAGCCGCCAAGUGCAAAACCGUGGUAACCGUUUACCUUGCUCAGAGGCCAUCCUUACCAUAAUAGGAGUAACGUAAGUCAGACGGCAGCUGGCGGUACUACGGUUUUGUACUUUUACCGCAGUUUCCUAAGCAUGUCAGAGAACCGCGGGGGCCGUCGGGUAACGUAAUGUGAAAAGCUCUCGCUAGAGCCGGUGUUUAGUUUGUCCGUUCGGGGCUACUGUAGACACAUGGUGGACUCGAAGAGGACCCGCUCCCAAUGUAGAUAUGAAGGGCUCAUUCUAAGCUAAUGAAAACAACACGAUUCUUAGUUUCAGGUGAUUAUAAAAACAUAGUUAUGAAUAGUAUAUUCUAUAUAGAUCCCCCGAAAUGUUACACACUGUUCUUUUAAGUAAUAUAAUUUAUCCAAUAAUUUGAUUAACAUUCAGAUUGCACCUUUUUCUUGAUGUCUUAUGUCUUUUCUGGAGGCUGUCAUCACCCACCCACUACAGUCCUAAUUAUAAGUAGAAUUAGAUCUUUGAUAAACUUUUUUGUUGAUGGGUUUUGUUGUU